UUUAAACCGUUAAAACUGCAUUAAAUGUUAAUGUUAAUGCAUUUAUGUAUUGCCCAAUAUGUUUAUUAAGUGCUACAAUCAAAGAUUUGGCUUAAAUCCAUUUAUUUUCGGCGAAAUUCGCAUUUAACGGGACUCAAAUUUGGGCAAGAGGGUCGAGGGACGGGGGAAGAAAUCCGGAAGAAACUGUAUAAAUUCGCGAAAAAACGCUAGCCAUACCCAUAAAGAAAAAAUUAAUUAAACCCCUAUUUCAACCCUUAAAAGCCCCAGGGGCCUAAUUAAACCAUAAUUCAAAAUCCAAAAUUUCGAAUAUGGGGCCUAAACAUCAAAUUGAUAGGUGGCCAUGCAAAUCAUAACCUCACUUUUUCACUGCUGUCAUAUCAAAGAAAACAGAGGUUGUUUUCAAUACAUUUCCUCCAUAAAAACGGGGUUUUUUGCAAGUUAAUGUGAAUUUAAGUGCCUAGAAAGCCCCAACAUGUCUUCUGAUAUUGAUAACUGGAUAGAGGUGGCGAAAGAAUGCAAAUACUUGCCCGAAAACGACCUGAAAACCCUCUGCGAUAUCGUUUCCACCAUUUUAUUGGAAGAAUCAAACGUACAACCUGUUUCCACCCCCGUAACUGUUUGCGGGGACAUCCACGGACAGUUUUAUGACUUGGAAGAAUUGUUUCGAAAAGGGGGCCAAGUCCCUGAUACGAACUACGUGUUCCUGGGGGAUUUUGUCGAUAGGGGAUACUACAGUUUAGAAACUUUCACUAGAUUGUUGACACUAAAGGCGAAAUAUCCCAAUAAAAUCACUUUGUUAAGAGGAAACCAUGAAAGCAGGCAAAUCACACAAGUCUAUGGGUUUUAUGAUGAAUGUUUGACUAAAUAUGGGAACGUGAAUGCUUGGAAGUACUGUUGCAGUGUGUUUGAUCUUCUUACAUUAGCUGCGAUCAUUGAUGAAAAGGUUCUUUGUGUCCAUGGGGGGCUCAGUCCCGAUAUAAAAACCCUGGACCAAAUUCGGAAACUCGAAAGGUACCAAGAAAUUCCCCAUAAAGGGGCUUUCUGCGACCUGGUCUGGUCUGACCCAGACGAGGUCAAUACUUGGGCCUCAAGCCCCAGGGGGGCCGGUUACGUAUUUGGGGCUAAAGUAACACAUGAUUUUAUGCAUAUAAAUGCUCUGACGCUCAUUUGUAGGGCGCAUCAGUUGGUUAAUGAAGGAUUUAAAUAUAUGUUUGACGAUAAGUUGGUAACAGUUUGGUCUGCACCGAAUUAUUGCUAUAGAUGUGGAAAUGUUGCCAGCAUUUUAGAGUGUAAAACAACAGAGGAAAUUGAGCCCAAAAUAUUCAGGGCUGUGCCGGAUAAUGAGAGGGUUAUACCAAGUAGAAAUAUCACACCUUACUUUUUAUAAUUUGUAUUAUAUUCUAUUUUUAAUUAAAGUUGGCUUAAAGUGUA